UAAUCGUAGUAUCUUCAUUGGUUUUCCCAGCAAAUUCCAAAUUAACUUAGCAUAAUGACAGACGUUGUGGCCAAAAUUGAGAAUGAAGAUGAAGUUAUGAAAUCAGAACAUUAUCAAAGUCUAAUAGAAGCUGGCUGCACGGAAAAAGUUGCCGGAGCUUUAGAUGCCAUUUUUGUAGAAGGUCUAGUCCAAUACAGUGAAUUAGAUGAAAGAGCGAUUGAGGCAUUAAAAGAGCUCGAAGAGGAUGGAGCUAUCGCUGUUUUAAAGCAGUUUAAAGAUUCUAAUCUUCAGCAUGUCCAGAACAAAAGCGCCUUUCUUUGCGGUGUAAUGAAAAUCUACCGACAGAGACUCAAGGCAGAAAAAGAUGGAAGAACCAAUCUCAGCCAAAAAGUUGGGCCCAAUGAAGACGAUAUUCAAGCUCUUCUGGAUAGAACGAAGUACUCCUUAGAUGUAACCACAGGUCAACGAAGAUAUGGUGGACCACCACCCACAGAAGUUUAUGAUGGUGAAGAGCCAGGACCAGGCUGUCAGGUAUUCAUUGGUCGAAUUCCAAGAGAUGUCUUUGAAGAUGAAAUCAUACCACUUCUGGAAAAAGCCGGUACAAUAUGGGAUUUCAGACUAAUGAUGGAACCAUUAUCAGGGCAAAAUAGAGGCUACGGUUUCGCGUCAUUCGUACAGAGAGACAUGGCGGUGGAAUCCGUGAAAUUGCUGGAUAAUUACGAAAUAAAACCGAAAAAAUUUCUUGGCGUCUGCCUGUCACAAUCAAAUUGUCGCCUGUUUAUCGGUUCAAUACCUAAAAAUAAAACAAAAGAUGAAAUUUUUGAAGAGUUCCAGAGUUUAUCACCUUGUCUAAAAGAUGUCAUUGUUUAUCAUCAAACCGAGGACAAGUCGAAAAACCGAGGAUUCUGCUUCCUUGAAUACACUGAUCACAAGUCUGCAUCGCAAGCACGGCGAAAACUUGGAUCGGGAAAAACAAAAGUUUGGAAUAAUCUUGUGUCAGUGGACUGGGCUGAUCCGAUCGAUAAUCCAUCUGAUGAAGUCAUGUCAAAGGUAAAGGUUCUGUACCUGAAAAAUUUGGCGACCAAAGCUUCCGAAGAAGUAAUCCAGACAACAUUUAGUUCAUAUGGCGAAAUUGAAAGAGUGAAAAAAAUCAAGGACUACGCUUUUGUGCAUUUUAAAGAUAGAGAGCAGGCUUUGAAGGCAAUGCAAGAGCUGAACGGUCUGAAUCUGGAAGGUGAACCAAUUGAAAUCAGCCUUGCAAAACCAGUUGAUAAAAAAAAGAAGGAAAGACAAAUGGAACGAAAAAUGAAUCAGCACAUGGGCAUACCCGGGCAGUUCAAUCAAAGAGGGCAGCGCGGAAGAGGACCACGUGGUGGACAUAUGGGCCCAAUGGGUUUUCCACCGAUGCCGUACAACAGUGGCGGAUUCGUCGAUGAUUAUUACGAUUACAUGGGCUUCGGAAGUGGUUUUGGCGGAGGCUACGAUGACCCGUAUUUUGGUGGAAUGGGAAUGGGUGGACCUGGCUUUCGGGGACGCGGAAAUAUGAUGAUGAGAGGAUACAGAGGCAGGAAUUAUGGAGGGUUCUUGAGCACAUGAAGGAACCAGCUUGCUGCCCAAAUGUCGAGGGAAUGUGUCAGCCAUGCUAUCUGCCCCAUGUGACAUAAGAAGAGUCACAAAAAAUGGACAUGCCUUGUUCAGUGCAUCAGUUCUCUACAGACUCAACUCAUUUUCCUUCAGCAAAUUUUGAAUUUUCCUGUUAGAUUUCUUCGUUUUAUCAUACCUUUUUGAGGACAUAGCUUUUACACAAUGAAGCUGAUCACUGCGCCAUUCUGUAACUUUUUGAAUAAUGGUUCCAUAUGUAAUGGAAUGUUCCUGCAUGUACUGUGCGUACAAACCUUGGUGGAGGUUCAGUCUUUGUGUUGAACCAGAUUCAUUUUUUUUCUUUAUCAAUCAUCUUGUUCUAUUACUAAGCUGCUAGCUAUGUUUUUGUAUGCAUGAACGUUUUAUUCAAAAUAAUUGCGCCAUCUUUACAUCUUAGCCUCCUAAAUGAACUUAAUAUGAAUAUGAAGUGAUUCAUACGUUUUUUCAAGUUCCAUGAACAAUCAUGUAUGUUUAAACUUUUUAUGGCUAGAUUGGAUUUGUUUUCGUUAUUGUUUUUUGUGUGUUUUUGUUACCCUUUGUGUUCUUAUCUAUGAUUCUUGAUAUUAUCAAUAGUAAAAAUACUGGCCCGGGUCCCCUUAAAUCUGCAGCAAGUUAAAAAAUAGUUACCCUCGACUGACCCAAGCAAAUCGAAAUUGUUUCGAACAUUUUUUGUCUGCUUUUGCAAUGAUGCAUUUGUAUUGUGUGUAAUGCUUCUUCUGAUUUGACAAAAGUAAAAGGAGCUGUAAGUUCCAAAAACUUG